AUGAUCUUAAAAAGAAUAUCAAAAAUCAUCAAUGACAAACAAAUCAUUCCCCACACGCGAUUUGGAUUCCAAAAUAAACAUUCUACUAUCCAUCAAAUAUACCGCCUAACCGACUCAAUCGCCUACUCCCUAGAAAACAAAUCAUACUACUCAGCUAUUCUACUCGAUGUUGCCCAAGCCUUUGAUCGUAUUUGGCACUCUGAUCUCCUACACAAACUAAAAAUAAUUCUACCACCAUCCUACUACUUAUUUUUUAAGUCAUAUCUUGAAAACAGAUUCUUUGCCACCAAAGUUGGUUCUGAAAUUUCAAACUUGACCCCAAUCCUAGCUGGUGUUCCCCAAGGUGCCAUCUCUUCCCCUAUACUAUUCAAUAUAUACACAGCCGAUCAACCAACCACCCCUCAUACUUCGGUAGCCGACUUCGCUGAUCACAGUCAUAUACAUUUCAGAAAAAAAUCCACACCAUGCCAGCCAAAACUUACAAAAUCAUUUAAACCUACUAGCAGAUUGGUACUACAAAUGGAGAAUAAAAAUAAAUAA